AUGAGCUGCGGAGAACAUCAACAGAUAACUUUAGAGAAUUCUGUGAACGGCAAGUUGCCAACAGGUUGUCACAUCCAAGCCUUUGCGGACGAUGUAUUGCUUAUUGCACACGCACACGAUAAAAACGAAUUAGAAGUUAUUACUAAUCAAGCACUAAGCGAAAUUGUACAAUGGGGAGAUAAAGUCAAACUCUCUUUUAGCCCUGAAAAGACACAGGCAAUCGCUUUCACCCCAAAAGCCAAACCAACCUGGGGUAUUCAACCUGAAAAUAUAAGCAUUAUUUAUCACCAAGUUAUCGAACCUAUCAUCACAUACGCUGCUGGUGUUUGGGGCCAUGCUGCAAAGAAAAAGAGUUGCAAGCGAUUGUUGGAAAAAACACAACGCUUGUUUGCGCUCAAAGCCAUCCGAGGCUUCCGUACAGUCUCUACGAAUGCUGCGCUAGCACUUUCCCAGUUCAUGCCUUUAGACUUAAAAGUUACAGAAAUAAAUCAAAUAGAAAACACUAGAAGUUCCGGAAUCACCCAAUAUCUACCCGAUGAUAUAACCCUUGAAAAGCCCACACCGAUUCAAAAUCUUCUACAUCCAGCUCUCAGAGUUAAAAUAGUGCCAGACAGUUUACAAACUUCAGAAGAAGACCCAAACAAUUUUACACAACCAAUUAAUAUAUACACAGACGGAAAUAGUAUGUCAUCAAUUCAAUCAAUAUGUAACCGCAGUAAUACUCACCCAAUAGUUGCAAAUAUUCAUAAAAACAUAAAGAAAAUAAGAGAAGAUGGAACAGUCGAUAUAACAUGGGUAAAAGGUCAUGCAGGCUCUGCCGGAAAUGAAGCAGCUGAUGCAGCUGCAAAAAGCGCAGCCAACUUAAAGAAAAAUUUUGAUUAUACAAAAUUUCCCAUAAGCUUUGUUAAAGCAAAAAUAAAAAAAGACAACCUCUAUAAAUGGCAAAACCGAUAUCACAGUGCACCACAAGGGAAACAUACAAAAGAGCUCUUACCGGACCUGUUUUCCAUUAAACGACUUUGGCAAACAACAAAAAUUGACUUUAAAUUAACCCAAAUUCUCACAGGUCAUGGUUUCCACAGAGAAUAUUUAUAUAGAUUUAAGAUUUCAAACACAGACACAUGCCCUUGCAAUAACCAUAGUGUACAAAAUAUUGACCACCUUUUGAAAAGCUGUCCCAGAUUUGGUGCACAGCGCAUGGAACAUGAAUUACACUGUCAGAUGCUUAAAGUCUCUCCAUACAACAUACAGGAGCUUGUAACAAAAGAAGGUGCAAUAAUAUCGUUUGUGAAGUAUGCUAGUUACAUAAUCGAUAAACUGAAAUCAUUCAACAGUAUAUAG